GAACAAAUUCAUCACAGAUCAAAAUUCUUCUCACUUAAACUUACCUUUGAUCUGUGGCUUAGAUUUUUUAUUUGUUUAUUUAUUUUUUGCUCCUUAAUUUUCUUGACCAGAAAAGAAAAAAGAAAAUUAAAUAAAAACACGAACCUCUUGCUCAAGUGCUAGCCUAAAAAACAGACAUCAAAAGAUUCUCUUACAUGGCGUCUAUUUUCAGAGCUUCAAUUUCACUUGAGCUACGACCAAAGGUUACUUGCACGAAUCUCUCUACGAAAGAACGAUUUGAGUUUCAGAAGAAGAGUCUGAGAAAAGAAAGGCUCAAUGUUAGGUUAUGUGGCUUGAAGCCUAAUAAAGCACAAGGAUCGAUUCAAGGGAUUAGUGUGGUAGAAGAGAAAGAGUCUAACAACAAAACCGAUUACGGGGUUGUUGGGGUUCACCACGUCGGUUUGCUAUGCGAGAACCUAGAACGGUCGCUCGAGUUUUACCAGAACAUUCUGGGCCUUGAGAUCAACGAGGCAAGGCCACACGAUAAGCUUCCGUAUAGAGGAGCAUGGUUAUGGGUAGGUUCAGAGAUGAUUCACUUAAUGGAGCUUCCAAAUCCAGAUCCUUUAACAGGUAGACCCGAGCACGGAGGCCGGGAUCGACAUGCUUGUAUCGCAAUCCGUGAUGUUUCGAAUCUGAAAGAGAUUUUGGACAAAGCUGGGAUUGAGUAUACGAUGAGUAGGUCAGGGAGGCCAGCGAUAUUCACUCGUGAUCCAGACGCAAACGCUCUUGAGUUUACGCAAGUUUGAUUCUUGAUGGAUUAUAAGUUGUAGAUACUUAUAUACUGUUCAAAGUCUUACCUCCAAAACAUCGAAUUUAGUUUAUUGCCUUUAUCUGAACACUACAAACCAUACCAAAUAAAACAAAAUUUCUCCCGAA